UGCACCCAAGCCGGCAGCAUCCUCACCGCCUUCAUCUUGCAGGUGAUUGACCAACCGGGGUCCCCUUGGCGGCAGCUCUGCGGGAGGGUCCCAGCCUUGCAGUCGGACCUGCCCUUGUUAUGUAUGCUCUUCUGAUAAGGAAGGUGGAAUUCGGAAAGGUUUGCACAAGAGAGCCAGUUUUUAAGUGCUGCCAAAGGGAGGAAGAGGUCUGGAAGAGUAGCAGCCAAUCAACGGAGAAACAGCUGCUUCCCCUAGGCUGUCAGGUAGGAAGACCGGCACCUCCCCAGCCCUUUCCCAGCCCAGCCGCCAAGGGGAGGAACGGUAAGAGGAAGUGGAGGAGGACGGGCCUUUGUUGUUCCUUCGCCCACUCUCUGCCCGCACCUCGGCGGCUGCGGCCAGGUUUAGCUUCCCUGGGACGGGCCGGGGCCAGAGCCAGAGCUUGGAAGUUCUGCCAUCAUGACAACCAUGCAGGCAGCAGACACGGGCACCACCAGAGCCAGCGGCCAGGACAGCCAGGAUGGCUUCGGCAGCCCCCGCGGCGGCAGCGCAGGCGCGGCGGCCGCUGCAGCCAGAGGAGCCACCGCACUCGUGACCGGAAGGCCGGACAAUAGACCACAUGUGUUCACCCUCAGUGUGCCUUUCCCGUCCGCCUUGGAGGCAGACAUCGCCUGUGGGUCCCUGGCCCCUGAUGCCGAACCCCACCGAGACGCGGUUCGGAAGGAGCUCUCAGUGAGCGGCAGCGUCCUCGCGGUCCGCUGGAGAGCGGAAGAUUCUCGCCUCCUCCGAAUUUCCAUCAUCAGCUUCCUUGACCAGCUCUCUCUGGUGAUGCAGACCAUGCAUCGCUUUGGGCCCCCCCUUUCCCGCUAAACCUGGGCUGGGAAAAGGGGCCUGAGGCCCAGCCUCGCGCGCGGUGCUGGGCAGUGGCUCCUUCCCGCAGCAGGGAUUCAUCCCUGCAGUAGUUGCCGCUUUAUGCUGGGCCCCAGUCUUUUGCCUGUACUGGCCCUGGGGCGUUUGUGGUCCACUUGUUGUGUUUAGUAAAUAAAUGGUUGGUAGUAGUAUUGUAAU